AUGGAGUCGGCGCUUUUACACUUGCGCAUUGCGCUUGCACUGCGGCACAUUGCCACGGAGUUGCAAUUGCCCGUGAAAAUACAGGAUGCUUUCCGCUUUGGCGACGUACGUGCGGGGCCGCUGAACGGUCUCACCAGGCGCGUCGAGGCACGGCCCAUCCUGGUUUCGACCGGCGAGACGGCAUUCAAGAGAGUUCUCCGGUGCGUUCCGGGCGCCGCUCCCGGGUUUCUGCACUCGCGGGACCCCUUGUGCGAUGAGCAUCGUCUCCCGGUGGCCGUCGCCGUAGCAUCCUGGAGUCAGUGUCAUACCGAAAGAAGGCCCAUGACGGAAAACGAGGUUGUGCGUGCAGGGGUCCUUGCCUCGUCGACAGAGAUGCACUUUGCUGGUCGCGACUGGCAGUUCCUGGUCCUUGCCUCGUUGACGGAGAUGCACUUUGCUGGUCGCGACUGGCAGCUCCCGGACAGGCCCUCCGCGGUCGGAGGUUCGUCCCUGGGCGGCGAAGCCAUGCCUGCGGCGAUGGCUUCGGCAUUCCUGCAAUUUCACAUCGCCCUUGCACUGCGUCGCCAGCAGCAAGUCGAGCGCGAGCUCGACGCUGCUUCUCGUCGUGCCAUGACAGAAAGUGAUUUUGGAGGAUUUCAUACAGCUGCCGAGUGGGAGGACGCGGGGCUUCGCAUGCGACACCGUCCGACGGGGGCUUCGGCUUCAGGUGCCUCCGGUGCAUUGUCACAUUUGACCGACGAGGAGCUGUGGGAGGAGAUCCGGACAAGCAUCCAUCGCCUCGAGACCCUGGCAGCACCCAAUCGGCUCGAGACCCCGGCGGCGCCCGAUCUCGCUUCGGGGCUUUCCGAGAUCGCCAGCGACAUCAGCAAAGGCUCCAAUGCCGUUGCCGACUCGGGUGCUUCUCGCACCGCCCUCGCCGACGUGCUCAGCGAAGAGGAAGUUGAGUUGGAACCGACAGAAGUCGCUGCCGAGGCUACUGCUUUAGGCGAAAGCCCGAGGGGUCGCCGGAGCACAGCAUCUCGUACUCCCUGGUCUUCAUCCGAGAUCCUUGUUCUGGCUCGCGUAUACCGAGAUGAUUCUUUGGAAUGCUACACCACGUGCCUUGGUGGCGAGACUUGCAGCCGGCUGCUUAAUUCGGCAGCUGCAACCUGCGGCUCAGACGAUCUUUGGACCGCCUGGAGGGUCGAGUCCGUGGACAUUCGCCUGCGAGCCAUCGGCCAUCGAGCACGUUACGAGACGACCCUGGAGGAAGUGUCUUCCGCUCACCUUUCCAGAGCGCUUCGACUUGCGGUGCUUCGCCGCGGAUUCGCGCAUCGAGAGGCCCGUCGAAGGCGUGCAGUCCUGGCGGCUCGCCGCGAGGCGGCAGCUGCCCGCCGAAGGUUUCUUCUUUGA